CUGUCCUAGCUGAAAGGCAAUUAAGACACAACCCUCAGAAGUACUUACCAACUCUAGCUCUCCUUCCCUCCUCCUCCCCAUAUAACCCCAAAGAAAGCUGCUAAAACCUAAAGCCGGUGGAAAGCUGCUUCCUCUCUCUCUCUCUCUCUCUCUCCUCCUUUGGAGUUGUCUCUGUAGCAGCCCACAAAAGCCAACUCCAAGACCCUUUCUUCCUUCUUCCCUCUCUCACAUCUUGUUGAUUCCUUGCAAGCUCAUGGUGGUAGGAGUAGUAUAUUAUAGUACUCCCAUUCCCUCCAGUUUAUUGUUUUGCCUAUCGAUCUCUUGUUGUUCUUCAUCGUCCUCUAUAUAGAACGAACGAGUGCAAUGCAUUCUGUUCACAUCGUCUGAGAGUUUGUGAUCAGACAAGAACAGGAAAAAAAAGAGGGAUUAUUUUGCCUCUUCCUGUGCCGCCAUGUUGGGUUCUUGCGCCCCGACGACGGCCGGGCCGCCGCCGGACGAGGCGACCACGCCGGAGCCGUUCCGGUCGCUGCAGAUCGCCACCGCCUCCGCCGGCUCGGCGAAGAAGAAGCGACGGCCAGCCGGCACGCCAGACCCGGACGCGGAGGUGGUGUCGCUGUCGCCGAGGACGCUGCUGGAGUCGGACCGGUACGUGUGCGAGAUCUGCAACCAGGGGUUCCAGCGAGACCAGAACCUGCAGAUGCACCGGCGGCGGCACAAGGUGCCGUGGAAACUGCUGAAGCGGGAGGCCGGCGAGGCGGCGAGGAAGCGGGUGUUCGUGUGCCCGGAGCCGACGUGCCUCCACCACGACCCGUCCCACGCGCUCGGCGACCUCGUCGGCAUCAAGAAGCACUUCCGCCGCAAGCACAGCGGCCACCGCCAGUGGGCGUGCGCCCGCUGCUCCAAGGCCUACGCCGUCCACUCCGACUACAAGGCCCACCUCAAGACCUGCGGCACCCGCGGCCACUCCUGCGACUGCGGCCGCGUCUUCUCCCGGGUGGAGAGCUUCAUCGAGCACCAGGACACGUGCAAUGCCAGCCGCGGGCAGGCGGCGGCGGUGGCGGAGGGAGGGAACGUGUCGACGGCGGCGUGCGGCGGCGUAGCGGUGUUAGAGCAGGAGAAGCAGCUGGACCUGCAGGCGCCGGCGGCGGCGUCGCUGUCGCGGACCGCGUCGAGCACCAGCCCGUCCAGCGACGUGGUUGCCAGCCCCGUCGCCUGGCCCGGGGCCGGGGCGCCCUCGAUGCCGAGCCCCAAGGCCGCCGCCUUCCGCGGCCGGUUCGACAUGGCGCCGUCGCCGCCGCCGCCGUCGUACGAUCAUUACCGCGGGGGCGCUGGCGCGCACAACCUCGAGCUCCAGCUCAUGCCGCCGUUCAACGCGGGUGGCGCCGCCGCCGCUCCGGGCGGGAUGGGGGCGUGCUUCUACGCGGCGGCGCAUCAGCAUCACCCGACGGGUGUCUCCCAGUGUAACGACGCCUCCACGCAGCUGCAGCUCUCCAUCGGCCGUGACGAGGUCAUGGGCGCGGCUGGGACAAGCGACGAGGCGUCGGCCGCGGCCACCGCGAAGGAGCAGGCGCGGGAGCAGCUGCGGCAGGCGAUGGCGGAGAAGGAGGCGGCCGGCGAGGCCCGCGCGCAGGCGAGGCGGCAGGUGGAGCUCGCCGAGCAGGAGCUGGCGACCGCCAGGCGAAUGCGGCACCAGGCGCAGGUGGAGCUGAGCCGCGCCCACGCGCUCCGCGACCACGCCGUGCGGCAGGUCAACGCCACGCUGCUCCAGAUCACCUGCUUCAGCUGCCGCCACAAGUUCCGCGCCGCGGCGGCGGGGGCGCCACUACCGGCCGCCAUGAGCUCCGACGUCGCCUGCAGCUACGUCUCCUCCGUCGUCACCGAGGGCGGCGACGCCGACGAUCCCCUCGACGUCGUCGACGCCACGCGGCGUCGCCUACAGCACGCUAACAGCAUGGGCAUCAUGUAGCCAAAGAAGAAUCCAGUCCAGCCCAGCUAGCUCGCGAAACGCGCCAUCUCUUCGUCUACCUCUGAUCGAAUCUCUUCUUGUACGUUCCAUUUCACCAGCAAAUUAAGACGACGAGAUCGUGUGGUGUAAUUAGACGCUGCAUAUGCUGCUAGGCUAGCUAGUGUUUUUUGUGUCUUGCCGGCCGGAAAGCUAAGCAGGGCUUGCUAAUCGUGACGUGCAUGGAAUCUUUUUGUUGUUUGCUUCUCAUUGGACUUUCCUGAGACAGCAUUAGUGCAUUACGGAGGGCAGUGGAGAGUUGAUGAUAUGCUAUUGUAAAGUGUCAUGUACCAAGAAACGGGUGACAUAAUUCACAACAACUUGUUCGACGAUGCUAUAUUGGAUCCUUGCUA